AAUGUGAGUUUAAUUGUCCAACCAGCGAUAGACCAGUACCUAGACCCGAACAUGGACGACCCGAUCUACACACGUGACCGGUUUAUCCAGAUGAUGACAGACUGCAGGUAUGCGGCACUGACCGUGCUCAUGGCGAAGGCAGUGGCAGCGUACGACACCCGGGUCUACCAGUACGAGUUCCAGCACCGCACGUCGCUAUUCUCCAUGAGACCUUCAUACACAAAAGCCGCCCACGGCGACGAACUGUUCUACAUGUUCGGCAUCCCGCUCCUGCGUGACGACACCGGCGCCUCCUGGAAGUACAGCUUCACCCAGGAGGAGAGGGACCUGAGUCUGGACAUGAUGGCGUACUGGGUCAACUUCGCAACUAACGGAGACCCUAGUGAUUCCACCGGUGCAGUGCGCAUACGUGACUUGGUGACCUGGCCACGUUACACGUCAUCCCAAUCCUACCUGAAGCUGGACGUGACGUCAUCUGCUGACGUCAGACUGCGGGAGUCCAACAUGAAGUUUUGGAACGAGGAGGUGCCGAGGCUGAUGGGAAAGGAAAUCACCACUGCUUACAUCACAAUGAGGCUAAAUCCCAAUGUACGAGCCUCUAAAAAUAGCCAGAAGCCCUAA